AUGCUCCACACCGAUGUUAAAUCUCGAUACAAGGUGCUCGUACGACGGCGAUGGCAACUCAUAGCGGAACUCACGGGACACCUCGAGAGUGGAGUGGUGGGACACACAGCAAACAUGGCUCUGGCAGAGCUGGCCGAGGUUACCUUGGCGCAGGACCAGUUAGCCGACGAACUUCACACCGUCGCUGAACAGCUUGCCCAGCUCGAGGGCCUGCGUGAUGUUCACCACUCCAGUGCGCUUGCGAUGGCCCUGAGGAAGGUUAAUACGAUUUUCUUGCGUCAGGCGGCAGAGAUGCAGAAGCUCCACGAACAACUCGAAUCUCUUGAGGCUGAACGAGACGAGGGAUGGAAACAGGCACAUGAUAUUGCGGUGGAAUGCGAUAGACUGAUUGAGGCUGCUGGGGAGUCGGGCCCCAGGUCAUCAAACAAACGGUCUGAGCGCGUUUCAGCCGUGCGCAAGUCGUCUAUGCGGCAAUCGAAAGCAGGUCUGCGAUCCACAAGCACGUCCCGGAGGCGUUCGGAAAGCAGCGCGCAAAGCAGAGGUAGCAUGUCUGUUCCCUCGUCUGCAUGUAAAGGAGCUGUCCCACCCGUGCCCCCACUUCCUCUUCAUCAACUAGAUUCAGCAACAAAUGCUGUUUCAUUAGAUUUGGAUCGAGUUUACAUCAGACCUUCCUUCGCUCACAGUCUUCCAGGUUCUGGAUCAUUGUGUUAUUCCGGCGCAUCUACUACAAGGGCCCUUGCCCAGGCUCAGCAGGAGCUGUACGAGAUGCUUGGUUUGGACUUCCAAAACAGCCCGUCUUCAGCCAGAUCUCCUGAUCUGAUACGCUCGUUGGCCAAUACUCGUCCGUUGUCAGACCCAGACAUGACCCGGUCUCUGAGGGCUCGGCGCUCGCACGAGAAUAGGGCUGUCCGUAGUGUAAUACUUGACGACGUAAGUCUUGCUGUUUCGGAUUUCGUUAUCACUUGGAGGUUGAACGUCCAAGGCUCAUACUCGAUUUUUAGGGAAUAG